AUGGACGACGAGCGACUACCCAAACGACUCUUCUACGGAGACGUCGCGACGGGUUCUCGUCGUCAAGGAGGCCAAAUUCGCCGUUACAAAGAUACUCUGAAGUCCUCCCUGAAGCGCCUGCACAUCAACCCGACCGACUGGGAAGAGCUCGCCCGCGAUCGUCCGACAUGGAGGAGAACAGUGAAGACGGGCGCUGCUAUCUACGAAGCCAACCGCAUCGCCGCCGCCAAAGUGAAACGCGAAGUCCGCAAAUCACAAAUUCGCCCAAUACGCAACGCCGCCGCACAACCUCUCCCUACGUGUCCUCGAUGUCAACGGACAUUCCGGGCACGAAUCGGACUUGUUGGACAUCUUCGAACCAACUGCACCUCUCGAACUGCUCCAGCCAUCGUCCCCGCGCCCGCCUCUUCCUUGUCCUCUCUUCCGCCAACUAACUCUGACACUCCUUCUGCACCACCACUUCCAUCCUCCUCCUUCUCCUCCACUGCCCCAGCGGUGGCCGUUCAGGCUGCCGUCUCACACAUCGCCAACCACAACACAGCAACCGCAACCACCCCCACCUGCCCUCACUGCGACCGCACCUUCACCUCACACAACGGCCUGGUCGGUCACUUGCGAAUCCAUCGCACAGAGACUGGUGAACCAGUGCCUGGAGCACCAACCUACACACAUUGCACUCGCCUCCACUGCCCACAAUGCCCUCGCACCUUCCGGCAUCGCAUGCGCCUAUUCGGCCCCAUACGCAUCCACGAGAGCGAAUUGACCGCAGCCUUGACACACCCACCCUGCCGAGCCCCACUCCCAAUCCAUCACCUUGUGCACCCACUAACCACUCCCCAGCCGACAUCGACGCCACCGACCUUACCACCCCUCACUCCCCCGCUUCCUCCUCCACCUCCUCCUUCACUGCUACAACGACGGCCACUCCGGCGUCUGUAGCGCACGACUUCACCACAGCCGCACCUGACACAACAACAGGCACAACCCCUGCAACCUUCAUCAACAGAUGUGAGGGCCCGGACUACAUCUGCCCUCACUGCGAUCGCACCUUCACUUCACGCAUCGGCCUGGUCGGUCACUUGCGAAUCCAUCGCACAGAGUCUGGCGAACCAGUGCCUGGAGCACCAACCUACACUCACCGCACUCGCCUCCACUGCUCACACUGCCCUCGCACCUUCACGCAUCGCAUGGGUCUAUUCGGCCACAUGCGCAUCCACGAGAGAGGCAUUGACCGCAAUUCCGAUACAGCCACGACAUCUAACACGCCCAGACCCAUCCUCGCCCCACCGUCACACGCGCCGACCACCACCACCGCCACCACCAACACCUCUGCUUCCUCUACAGCUGACACCGACACCGCCGACCUCUCAUGCCCACAUUGUCCACGCGCCUUCACCUCACGCAUCGGCCUAGUCGGUCACUUGCGAAUCCAUCGCACAGAGACUGGCGAACCAGUGCCUGGAGCACCAACCUACACCCACCGCACUCGCCUCCACUGCCCACACUGCCCUCGCACCUUCACGCAUCGCAUGGGUCUAUUCGGCCACAUGCGCAUCCACAACGACCUGCGGUAGACAACCGCCGGUCACACCACACAUUUCCUUACUCUACCUCCUAACAUCAUCACCCCACUAGACGUCAGCCCUCACACACCUCAUGCACUCAACUGCCGCCUCCCACGCAAGUGGGAAGUGUGCAUCUCGACUCGGUCCCCAUGCGGCCUCGGCUGCACGAGUGACUUGAGUCCGAGACUAUCCCGGCACGUCAAGUGUCGUGGAUAGGAAGGUUGCUGAUUGACGCCCGUUCUCGGUUCACGCAGUUCGUCACGUUGUGUGUGUGUGUUGUGUAGAGGCGGACUGGUGGGCUGGGGACGGGCUGAAGCAGCACCUUUUACGACCCUCUCGCGCAUGUGAGAGACACGUCGUUCAACCCCCUGUUGUGUGAAAUCCUGGUGUUUGUGUGUAUGGGGGGCCAGGUCGUGCUGUGGCGCGCGCAGGCAUGGUCAGUCGACCAUGUCAGCCACCGCGCCCAUUCCCCACUCCAGUCUGCUGACCGGCUCGGACAGCGGCUGAGGUGUGGUAGUGGGAAGGGGGAGUGAGGUCGACGACUCAGCGCACUUUCUCCUCACUAUAAACAAUCUGACGCGCUUGAAGCUAUCACGGUGCGCUAAAAGCCGUGGCUUGGAAGGUUGCCAACUGACGGGGUACCUUGGACCUCCUCCAUUACUGGAGGCGGUCUGAGAGUCAUGCUGCAAUGGCUCCUUUUUAAUGUGGCCUUUAUGGCGUUCCCAUCACAGUGUGGGAUCCGAGCCAGGCGUUGGCGGCACGCCCAGGUGCGGCUUCGGCCGUGCCAGCCUCCAAAUCUAUGUUGUGUUGGUUCAAAUCCUGGUUAUUGUUGUGUGGACCAGGGGGUGUGGUGGAACGCCAAGGUGAGGAUCCGUCCGAGCCAUCCACCUGCGGCCUCCCUCGUCUCCGGUCUUCUUGACUCUGUCUUGACACCGGGCCCAGGCGGGGGAGGAGGAGAGAGUGUAGGUAGAUGCUACGCAAGUCUACUGGCACUAUAAACCCCUGCGUAAGUCACCGUCCCUGCUCCCACCGCUGCUGCAGCUGCGAGGCACACGGUGGACAUCGUCGAAAUCGACGGUCGAACUGUCAUGGGAUGUGUUAAAUAAAGCAUUUGCGGAUGAAGUCCAACAGAGCACGCAACCCCAAAAACCGAAAUUUAUGCCAGAAAAGCAAAGAAAUAUGGUAAUCAGGGUAAAAAUGCGAUUGCAAAAUGACCUUUCAAGAAUGGCAUUGCCAACUCACUAUAGUAAACAUCGACCGUUUGCCGUUAUGUAGGUAAAGUGAUAAGCACAGCUUAUCCCAAUAUUUAACCGGGUAACGUUUCUGGACGCACCACUGGAAGCCCAAAGUCAUUAAAAGGGAAAAGUUUGGCGAGUUGCACGGCACUUUCAAAAUCAGUGACUAUAUACUGACUACUUACCUAACUAUACCAAAUAACUACUUAAAUAACUAUACUAACAAGCAAACUAACUGACUAUACCAACUAACUAAAGUUUGGGUGAGUUGCAUGAAAUUUAAAAGGCGGGUAACUGAGUAUAGAUCUAAACUACAAGUAAGAAUUCUUACUUGACCAAAUUUCUUGAUUGACCGACCUUCUUAAUGACAUCCUCCGGAUAUCUCCGUGACUGAAAGUAUCACCGAAGCAUAAUUUCGCAAAGUUUAAACUCAAGAAUAGUCUCAGAAGCCGUCGCAGUUCGCGUGAAAAUGUUCGGCCAAUCCGUCUGCAGCACUCUGGAACCGUGUGCGUAUAGCCUUCUUUAAUCACUCGCAUCUCUGUGACACCGAAUACGAUAUAUCUUGCUAUUACAGUUAAGCCCAACAAGCCGUCCAUUUGACGAAAAUAGUUUCCUUUGUUAACCUUUCCAUUUUCCAGCAGGUAUCGAGUAUUAUCCAUUCUUCCUAAAUGCCUGUUGCACUGAAUCAGUUUCUUCUGUUAAAUGAUAAAUAUUUAUCUAGUUAAUGUUUUUGGCAGACUUGAAUAAUUAAUUUCCCUCAGUUGUGAUUCCAUAUGCCGCCGUAGGCUCGGCGGGUAACCUGACCCAAGUGUAAUUAAACUCACGGCUUCCGGUAGGGCCUAGUAGUUCAGGUGGUUAGGGCGAUGGCUGUAAUUAAGUCCUUUCCUUACUGUCGUAAGUUCGAGUCUCACCGAUGUCGCCGAGGUUUUCAUAACUGGAUCAAGUGAAAUACUUCUUUCUUUACCCUUUCUGUGGACCUGAAGUCCAGCUCGGAGAUCUAUAAUAUUUGCCUUCGGUCACUAUAUGGGACUGAGAUUCAGCCUUGAACCCUUUCAGAGACAGCGGUGAGGAUGCGGCGCAAAUUUGACAUUGGUGUGCAGUUUUUUCUCUGGUGGAUGACUCGGUGCCUCUUAUUUUUAGGCUUACGAUGGGGCUUGUUAAACACUUACAGAACCCUGCCCUCCCGCCAACUGCACAGUUGCUUGAGAAUGCUAGUCAAGUUUGACUUUAACCAUUUUAAGUCCGACUUUCGCCAAUUGGACUCUCAUUUGACAAACGUUGAUGAUGUUUUCAUCGAAAAGUCCAAACUGGAAGACACAAUGAGGGAAUUACAAGUACCUAAAUGCAACGAAUAUCUUAAAAGGUCUUUCUGGAAACGAUUUCUCGAAGUGUCUUGGUCCCACAGAAAGCAAAAUGUCAUUGAUUCAUUAGUUAUGUUUAUUCUGGGAUCACCACGACAACAUUCCCACCACACACUGUUAUCUCUCCUCAAAAUAUUGGGGCAGAGCGGCCGUUUUUCUGAAUUCGAAUCACUUUACUUCAGUCUUCGUAGUGAACUUUCCCCCGAGGAGGCUGUCGUUUUCUCUGCAGAUAUUGCCUUCUGUCUUAGCCUUACUCCGUUAUACAAAGAGUCCUUCUUUUACCUUGAUCUCGCCGUAAAGAACGGGUUGCCACUCGGACAGUUUCUUUGCAUCCUGGUGGCGGCUGCGAAGUAUGCGCCUUACGACGAAGUCUUUGAGACGAUUGACUUAUUUCACACUCACGGCCUUCAACCGUCUGAUGAUUUUUACCUAACUUUUGUGAACCGUGUUGAUUUUGAUCAAUCCAGCUCCGCUAUGUACUGUAUGGAGCGUUUACUGAACAAGUUAGGGGUUCAUGAGUGGAUAGUUUCCUCCUCCGUCAUUACUAAAAUAAAGACUUUUUUUGAGAGGUAAUCCCCCUGAGUAUCUUCACACAGUUGUAGGCGCGGUUGGACAGGGACUCUUGGUGUCAAGGCCAUGGGGUUACUUCCCGUCGCGUUCGUAUUUUUUUAGAUUAACUUGUGGCAGUUGUCAUGUUGGUUUGGAAAAAUACCGUAUAUCCGAUAGUGACAUUUGUUCGCUUGCGGAGGGAUUCUUUAACUCUGUUGUCUUGGUAAGUACUCACUAAUACACGAAUUUCGGUAGGGUAAAAAUUCUGAUGAACUCUACCUCACUACAACACCUGAGGAACUGGCAUCUCUCAAAAAUUUCAUCCAGGGUGCUGACCGAAAAUUCGAUUGUGUGAUUGACCUUCCCAACUUUUUUCACACGGCACUAUCACCGAGGAAAAUAUCGUCGCUUCCGGAGGAAACCCUCUCAAAUGCUCUCUGCAGCGUGCGUUCCCCCUUAAAAAACACGUUCUUCCUUAUUUUGCGUUCUAUGUAACUUGAAACAAUUAACGGUUUCCAUUUCAUUCUUUCCACUCUCACAGGCACUUUAUCGACUCCAUGAGGAGCAUCAUCUCCACCACUUUUGUCUUGUUGGGAAGCAACGCGGUCUUGUUAACAAUAAGAAAUUCUGGAAAACUAUCCGACAGCUAGGUGAUCGAACAGGCAUAACGGUUCGCAGCUUUGUUACAUCACACAAGUAAGGCUUGUUUGAAGCUUUUGUAUCAAAUCCCAUCGUUAUAAGUCGGUUCUGAAGUCCUUUAUGUGUUCUCCAUCCUUCUCAUUUAUAGAAGCAAUGACGAUGCUUUUAUGAUUUACUUGGCCCUCUGGUCCGGCCCUUCCUGUUAUAUCAUUUCCAAUGAUGAAUUUCGUCAACACCGGUGCACUCUCGGUCCUAAAUUGGGCGAACAGUUGUCUAAGUGGCAAAACGCGAGACAAAUAAGUUUGCAUCCGGGUCAACCGACUUCAUUAUACGUAAGCCUUCCUUAUGAGCCAUAUGUUCGUACGUCUUUGCUCUAAGUGUACGACAGGAUACUGGUGAUAGUGCCGACUUUCAGACUCAAGAGGUACUAGCCCCGUUUCUUCCAAUCGUCAGGUGACAUUAGCAAUUUCUUAUUUAGAUUGUUACCAAUGAACUGAUGCCGAUCAGACUACCUUUUCGGAAGUUUGCAACAGCACUUUUAUUAAGAGCAUUUAGCCUCUAUGAGACAGUUUUCAGAAAGCACACACUGUCCUUUUCCCCUGAGAUCUAAAAUGUUUCUAGUAUUAUUGCCGACAGGCUGCCGCUGAGGGCAGUGCAACAUACUGGACAGACUUUAUUUAUUUAUUGAUCGCUUAGCCUGAAUAUGUGGCUGUUGCUGUCAGUCGAGAUGAAUGUUGACCUUUUCCCGGCCGAUAUGCCCACUGUCAGUGUGUUGGAAACAACAACUGUUGUGGUCGGGUUGAGUUAAACUCGCGUUUUGGGAUUCGCCAUCACGUUUCAACCUUCAUUUAGUGAAUUAGCCUUCAAGGUCAUGGCGGGCCUUUUUUCCGGGUGGUAGUGAUGUUGAUUAGUUACCUGUGGGAUACCGUUUACGAUCAGAAUUUCUAACUUCGUUUACUUCGAUCUGCGUAUCCGUUAGUAGGACUUUGUACUCGUCGCUCUCUGCUUGAUCUGUAAUGUUCCUGGUCUUUUUAACUCUCCUCCCUUACAGAAGCCUAUGGAGUGCGCUGCUCGCGUACAAGGUAACGCGUCUUCCGGCUGGCAUAUCCCGUACAACUCUACCGAAAAACGACACUCCUAUAGCGCCGUUCACGCCUGGCUUUGUUUGCUACCGCCUGCAUCUCCCCCUCAGACUGCCUCUGAAUAGUCUUCUACGCGUUUUUCGGCUAAAAGUAACCAAAGUAAUUUCCUUGCAGACGUCUUCUAUAUUGGUCUUCUAAAGCCGUCUUCAAAACCUGAUGCGUGUUUGUACAGAUUAUACGGCGCUUUUUCUCCGUCACGCAACUAAGACCUGCCGCCAUGGGGAACCUAGGUGACGAAUGUUAUCGCUUACUGCUCUGCCGGUUUUAUACCUUGUUAAGUGUACUUGGUUUUCGUGUUUUCGGUUAAGAUGCCUUUGGAGUACAUGAGUUAUUUGAUUAAACAGGCUUCUGUAUGUGGUGAUUAUUUGUGCUUUAGCAUAGGGGUGUCUUCUUGAUUUCUUUAUUAGACUGUAGUACAACUAAUAAGUCCAUUUUUAUCGUUAUCGGAAAAUCACUGAACAACCCAUGCGUCUCAAGAUGUUGUGGACAUUUUAUCCUUUUCGCCUUUGAAACAGUAAUGUCAAUCUCCUAAGCAGUUUGGUAAUUAUACUUCUGCUGAAGACCAAAUGAAGGGCUAUUUUGAACUCUCCUUGCGUUAAUUCAAUGGUGUUUAUUUCCUGCUCUACAUUUCUCUCUGGAAAUUUUUUAAAAUCUAAAGUCUUUACUAAAAGCGCGCAGGAGCGCUCAUACCUGUCGGAAAUGCCUUUUGUCUGGGUAAAGUCACUUUUGAAUUUUUCGCCCUCAUGGAACUCGCUAUUCCAUGGGCAAUGAGCUUGUCUAAAAAGUGCUAUACUCUCAAAAUCGAACUGUGAUUAAGGUUUAAAUAUUCUCAGAGGUUUCUCAGCCUUUUUAAUCCAAUUUUAUUUUCCUCUUUUCUCCUCUAGCAACGUCUCGACUCUUGA